UGAGAGGAGCGAAGGCGGCAAAAUGGCGGACCGCUUCUCCCGCUUCAACGAGGACCGAGACUUUCAGGGUAAUCACUUUGAUCAGUAUGAAGAAGGACAUUUGGAAAUUGAACAAGCAUCACUUGACAAGCCUAUAGAAUCGCAGUUGGCCCAUAUUAGCUAAGCAGCCAUGAUCUGCCCAGUUUUUAAAGCCAGGAUAAUAUUGGACAUCGCUUACUCCAGAAACAUGGGUGGAAGCUGGGCCAGGGAUUGGGAAAAUCUCUUCAGGCAUUAUGAUCCUGGACUUGUUGUGGUGAUGGUAAACUUAGCAGUGGGAGAACAGAUCCCAUUCCGAUUGUCGUCAAAUAUGAUGUCAUGGGCAUGGGUCGCAUGGAAAUGGAGCUUGAUUAUGCUGAAGAUGCUACCGAACGGCGCCGUGUCCUAGAAGUAGAAAAAGAAGACACAGAAGAAUUGAGACAGAAGUAUAAGGAUUAUGUUGACAAAGAGAAGGCCAUUGCCAAAGCACUGGAAGACCUCAGAGCCAACUUUUACUGUGAACUCUGUGAUAAGCAAUAUCAGAAACAUCAGGAAUUUGACAACCACAUCAACUCCUAUGAUCAUGCACACAAGCAGGAAGGCACACAGGAUUAUUAUGAAUCUGAGAUAAUAGCUGAUGUAUUGAAAGCAAAUCCUUCUAAUUUGGGAGCCCAGAUCACAAGAAGAUUGAAAGAUCUCAAGCAGAGAGAGUUUGCUCGAAAUGUCUCUUCAAGAUCCCGCAAAGAUGAGAAGAAACAGGAAAAAGCCCUUCGGCGGCUCCAUGAAUUGGCUGAGCAAAGGAAACAAGCUGAAUGUGCACCUGGAAGCGGUCCCAUGUUCAGACCAACCACAGUGGCUGUAGAUGAAGAAGGUGGAGAUGAUGAUAAAGAUGAAUCAGCUACAAACAGUGGCACAAGUGCCACAGCCACUUGUGGCCUGGGAUCUGAAUUCUCCACAGAUAAAGGAGGCCCUUUCACUGCAAUACAAAGCACUAAUACCUCUGGACUGGCACAGGCUCCUGGGUUAGCCUCCCAAGGCAUCAGCUUUGGCAUUAAGAAUAAUCCAGGAACUCCACUGCAGAAAUUGGGAGUGUCAUUUUCCUUUGCCAAGAAGGCUCCUGUCAAACUCGAAUCAAUAGCGUCAGUGUUCAAGGACCACGCAGAGGAAGGACCCUCUGAAGAUGGAGCCAAAGCUGAUGAGAAAGGUUCUGACCAAGGAUUGCAGAAGAUGGGAGAAUCUGAUGGUAGCAGUAAUCUUGAUGGUAAAAAAGAGGAUGAAGACCCUCAGGAUGGAGGGUCCCUAGCCUCAACAUUAUCUAAGUUAAAAAGAAUGAAGCGAGAAGAAGGAGCUGGGGCUGCAGAGCCAGAGUAUUACCACUACAUUCCCCCAGCACACUGCAAAGUAAAACCAAAUUUCCCCUUCCUACUCUUUAUGAGAGCCAGUGAACAGAUGGAAGGUGAUAAUAGUAUGCACCCAAAGAAUGCCCUAGAGAGCAAAAAAAGCAGUUCUCCCAAGCCUAAAGGCUGUAUCAAGGUGAUAGCAAGCCAAGGAGCAGAAAAGACAGUUGAUGAAGUCUCUGAGCAACAGACAGAAACCAGUGCCGCAGAGGCCUCAGAGCCUGGAAGCAAAGCUGAGACAAAGAAGACCUCAGGAGGGGAUGUAAGUGAGCAGAGUUUAGAGAGUCCAUGUCAGAAGGCUUCAGAGAAUCAAAUAUGUGAGUCUAACCCCUCUAAAGAAACCUCUCAGAUCACCCCAGCAGGGAAAGAAAGCCAGGAGGGACCCAAACAUCCUACUGGUCCCUUCUUUCCAGUUUUGAGCAAAGAUGAAAGCACUGCCCUCCAGUGGCCAUCGGAACUCUUAAUUUUUACCAAGGCAGAACCCUCCAUUUCAUACAGUUGUAACCCUUUAUACUUUGACUUUAAACUUUCAAGGAACAAAGAUGCCAGAGCUAAAGGGACCGAAAAACCAAAGGACAUAGGAGGCUCCUCAAAGGACCAUCUCCAGGGCCUUGAUGCUGGUGAGCCAAAUAAAAGCAAAGAGGGUGGAGAGAAUGUAGAACAUUCCUCAGGAGGCAGAAUGGAUGUACCUGCUUCUGGGUCUGCCUGUAGCAGUCUGAACAAGCAAGAACCUGGAGGCAGCCAUGGGUCAGAGACAGAGGACACAGGGAGAAGCCUUCCUAGCAAGAAAGAACGAUCUGGGAAGUCCCACCGACACAAAAAGAAAAAGAAGCACAAAAAAUCCAGCAAACACAAACGGAAACAUAAGGCUGACCCAGAAGAGAAAAGCUCUAAGACAGAGUCUGGGGAGAAGUCUAAGAAGCGCAAGAAACGAAAACGAAAGAAGAACAAGUCAUCAGCCCCUGCGGAUUCUGAACGGGGACCCAAACCAGAACCCCCUGGGAGUGGUAGCCCUGCACCACCAAGACGACGGCGGCGAGCUCAAGAUGACUCCCAGCGGAGAUCCCUCCCAGCUGAAGAAGGGAGCAGUGGCAAGAAGGACGAAGGUGGAGGUGGUGGCAGCUCCCAGGAUCAUGGUGGGAAGAAACACAAAGGUGAGCCUCUAACUUCAUCCUGCCAGCGAAGAGCUGGCACCAAACGGAGCAGCCGGUCCAGCCAUCGAAGUCGACCCAGUAGUGGAGAUGAAGAUAGUGAUGAUGCUUCAUCACACCGGCUACACCAGAAGUCUCCGUCCCAGUACAGUGAGGAGGAGGAAGAGGAGGAAGACUCAGGCAGUGAGCAUUCCCGGAGCCGUUCCCGGUCGGGCCGGCGCCAUUCCUCACACCGUUCCUCCCGGCGUUCUUACUCAAGUAGCUCCGAUGCUUCUUCAGACCAGAGCUGCUACAGCAGACAGCGCAGUUACUCUGAUGACAGCUACAGUGACUAUAGUGACCGAUCUCGAAGGCACUCCAAGCGCUCCCAUGACUCUGACGACUCAGACUAUGCCAGCUCCAAACACCGGUCCAAACGGCACAAGUACUCCUCUUCUGAUGACGACUAUAGCCUCAGUUGCAGCCAGUCCCGAAGCCGGUCUCGGAGUCAUACCAGGGAGCGCUCAAGGUCCCGGGGCCGCAGCCGCAGCAGCAGCUGUAGUCGCAGCCGGAGCAAACGGAGAAGCCGCAGCACCACGGCCCACAGCUGGCAGCGGAGCCGAAGCUAUAGCCGUGACCGCAGCCGCAGCACCAGGAGCCCUUCCCAGCGAUCAGGUUCCAGGAAGGGAUCAUGGGGUCACGAAAGCCCUGAGGAGAGGCGUUCUGGUCGUCGAGACUUCAUCCGCUCUAAAAUCUACCGCUCCCAGUCUCCCCACUAUUUCCGAUCAGGCCGGGGAGAAGGUCCUGGGAAGAAAGAUGACAGCAGAGGAGAUGAUGGUAAAGGGACAGGCCCGCCCUCCCAGAACAGCAACGUUGGUGCCGGAAGGGGGUCAGAAGGUGACUGCAGCCCCGAAGACAAGAACUCCGUUACUGCCAAACUGCUCCUGGAGAAGAUUCAGUCAAGGAAAGUGGAGAAGAAACCCAGUGUGAGUGAGGAGGUGCUGGCCACCCCUGCUAAAGCUGGGCUCAAGCUCAAGGACCCACCGCAAGGUUAUUUUGGGCCCAAGCUCCCCCCAUCUCUUGGCAAUAAGCCUGUUCUUCCAUUGAUAGGGAAGCUCCCAGCUACCCGAAAGCCGAACAGCAAGAAAUGUGAAGAGUCUGGCUUAGAAAGGGGGGAAGAGCAAGAACAGUCAGAGACAGAAGAAGGGCCUCCAGGGAGUAGUGAUGCCCCAUUUGGACAUCAGUUCCCCUCAGAGGAAACAGCUGGCCCCUUAUCAGACCCACUCCCAGAAGAGCCAAAGUCUGAAGAAGUUACUGCUGAUCACCCUGUUGCUCCACUAGGCACCCCAGUGCACUCUGACUGCUAUCCUGGGGACCCCACCAUCUCCCAUAACUACCUCCCUGACCCCAGCGAUGGGGACACCCUAGAGUCCUUGGAUAGUGGCAGUCAGCCAGGCCCUGUGGAAUCCAGCUUGCUGCCUAUAGCGCCAGACCUUGAGCACUUCCCCAGUUAUGCACCUCCCAGUGGGGAUCCUAGUAUUGAGUCAGCUGAUGGGGCUGAGGAUGCUUCCCUGGCCCCCCUAGAGAGCCAGCCCAUCACCUUCACCCCUGAGGAGAUGGAGAAGUACAGCAAGCUCCAGCAGGCCGCACAACAGCACAUCCAGCAGCAGCUUCUAGCCAAGCAAGUAAAGGCCUUUCCAGCCUCGGCUGCCCUGGCCCCAGCCACUCCAGCCCUGCAGCCUAUCCACAUUCAGCAGCCAGCCACAGCCUCUGCCACCUCAAUCACAACUGUUCAGCAUGCCAUCCUGCAACAUCAUGCAGCAGCAGCUGCCGCCGCCAUCGGAAUUCACCCCCACCCUCAUCCCCAGCCACUCGCCCAAGUGCAUCAUAUUCCCCAGCCCCACCUGACCCCCAUUUCCUUGUCCCACCUCACUCACUCAAUCAUCCCUGGCCAUCCGGCCACCUUUCUCGCUAGCCAUCCCAUCCACAUCAUUCCCGCCUCAGCCAUUCAUCCUGGGCCCUUCACCUUCCAUCCUGUCCCACAUGCUGCCCUCUACCCUACCCUGCUUGCUCCGCGGCCUGCUGCAGCAGCUGCCACCGCCCUCCACCUUCACCCACUACUUCACCCCAUCUUCUCAGGUCAGGACCUGCAGCACCCGCCUAGCCAUGGCACAUGAGUUUUGGGGGAUGGGAGCCCAGGUAGGGCCAGGGAAGGUGACCCAUAUAUCUUCCCUCGGGGGUGUUGAGCCAUUAAUACCAGCAAGUAGAAGCUGGGAUGGGCAGUGUCUGACAGCCAAAGAAUCGAGUUUUGGCUUGCAGGGGUGGUUUUAGAUUUGAGGUUUGCUUUGGGUUUACUAUCAGGGAUUUUUUUUCCCUUCCCCCCUUUCUGUUUGUCCCUCCUUCUCCUGUGUUUCUAAGCUAGGGAAUACCAGUAAGUGCUACCCACCCCUCUGCGGCAACAUCUCCAAACUGUCAAGUUUGGAUAUUCCUCUCUUCCCUCUACUUUUUAUCCUCCACUCUUCCCUUCUGUAAAUUUUAAAACAUUUUUUCCUCUCUGGCCGGAGGUUUGUCUGUCUGGUCCUGCCCUCUCAGUGUCUUUGACCAUCCCUUGGUGACCUUAUGCUAUCCCGGGUGAGGUGGAAAGGGAGUCUGACCUGGAACCAGAUGCUACUCAGGCUGUUAUUCAAUCAGUCCACUUCCCACACAAACAGAAAGCCACGCAUUUGGCAGUGUUGUCCUCAUAUCCCUCAUCCCAGAAGAGGUAUCUGCAUAUCCCAGAAAAGAAGAUCCUAUCAUGAAUAGAAGCUAUGCGGAACAUAGAGUCGCCCGUGUGCUUCCCCAGAGAGGAGCUCAUGCGUCUGAAGGGUGUAUUUUCUUCUGUCAUGUUGAUGUUUCCUUCUUAAUUUAUAGGAUUUUUUUUAAUGUAAAAAAUUGCACUGAACUCUAUAAACGUAAAUGCUGCUUUUUGUAGCUCAUAUUAAAAAAAAAAAGGUUCCAUAUUUGUAGUAUACUGCAAUAAUAUUUUUUACAUCCAGCUCUUUAAGUGAUCCUUGUUCUGGUGGCUUUGUGUAAAUAUGUUUGCCCUAGUUGAACUAAGAAACUUUAAAGGUUAUAAAAUGAAAACAAAAAAUAAAGUAUCUGUUUUCUGCUAGAUGCAAAAAUGACUAAGCAUGUAUAUUUUAUCAAGCUCAUGUAUUUUUUGAAGUUAUGAACUAUAAAAAUGUUAAAACAAAAAAAGAACAAUUGUUUAACAUUUUUUGCUGGGACAGAACGUUUAGUUAAUUUGCAGUAAGUGGUGCCCCCAGCACUGGGAUUUGGUUGUUUUUUGUUUUUUGUUUUUUGUUUUUUGUUUUUUUUCAACUAAUGGGCAGCAGUCAGCUGGGGGUGUCAGAGGGGUCUUCAGUUAUGACAUCUCCCUCAUGUGCUUUGCAGUUUUAUACAGAGAAACAGGUGAGCCCACAGAGGAGGAGAGAGAAAUUUGAGAGCUUUGUUCUCUGGAAGCAGGGAGAUUUAGAGUGAUUGUCUGGGGGAUUUCCUGGGUUUUCUGGGGACCUUGUUCCGGGCAGUCCAUUUGCCUUCCUAGUACUUAGCCCCCCUCUGACAGUUUUUGUUGUUGUUUUUUGUUUUGUUUUGUUUUUAUAUGUGCCUUCUGGGUUGGCUAGAAACAGAAGUAGAAGUAGACUUGAGGAUGAUAAGAGUUGGGACAGUUUCUUCCCCUCUUGUUGGGAGGUGAGCAUAUUUAUAGAUACUGCAGAUUAUUUUGCUUCCUAGUUUCCAUGCCUUCUGCCCAGCUUAGUUUAAGCAGUGAAGAUUUUUUUUUUCCUUUUCUCCCAUGACACCUACCAGAGGAAGUACCACCUUCAUUCCUCUUCUUCCUCUUGCCUUUCACCAGGGCUCUCAGACCUAAUUCACGUACUGGCCCAAAGGUGUUUAUAUUGCAGGUCUCAUCUUUGGUGUAGUUAGCAGUUCUCUAUCUGGCAUUUCCCUACCCAUUCCUGUGGCUGGAAUUGGUUGGGUGGUUACCGGACAGGAGAAAUCAAACCCUACUCACUUGGGCCAAGGCUCUGGGUUCUGCCUUUCUUCUCAGAUUCCCAAAAGAAAAAGGUUUUGAGUUUAUGAGAAGCAAGUGCUGGGCAAACAAGGCUCCUGCCUGAGCCUCCUACCUGUUCAGUGCUCCUCCUCUGAUUCAGAAGCAUCACUUUGGAUAACUAGCACUGGAAAAAUGAAAUCAUCUGUUUGAAGUGAAGGGACUCAUUUUUCUUUGCUUUCAGCCCAUGUAAAUAUUUAAAUAAUACAGUAUUAACAUUUUUGUGCUGCUUCCCAUUAGCUUGUAGAUUGAGCCAUACUCUGGCUGCCUCUCUACCUUCCUGGGGGCAGUUUUCUUUAACUUUCAGAAUAGUGAUUUUAAAACUUAAAAAACAAAAUAACCUAUCCUUACUUACAAACAUUACAGAUUGUAUUUAACUUUAUCACAUAUGAUAGAGAUAUAUAUGCUGUAAAAUUAGGGAAAGGAACUUUCUAAUAAACCAAUGAUUUGUGGAAACUUA